GAAUCUCAAAGUCCGCCUCUAUCCUGUGCGGUCUUUUUCUUCGGACCUGCAAUGGAUGUGACGACUGGAUUUGCAUUCUUUAUCAUUUUUCUGCAACUAAUUCACGCGAAUGGACUUUAUAUAUCCAAUAGCAUAGAGUCUCUGCAGCAUGUCCUGAGGGAAUAUGGGGUGGUGAGGCCUGUGAACACUGACGCAGAAGGCCGCUUCCUCUCAGGUGCUGUCUCCGCACCUCAGCUGGACAGCCAGCACCAGCAGGUCUACAGACGCUGGAGGAGGGAGGCUGCAGCCACCUCAGACCGCAACCAUGGAGACCUGGAGGAAGGAGAUGGCACCGCCAGGCACAGGGAGACACUCUUCUACAACGUCACUGUGUUUGGCCGGGAGCUUCACCUGCACCUGCGCCUCAACUCCAGGCUGGUGGCCCCCGGAGCUAAAGUGGAGUGGCAUGAGGAGGGCAACCAGACCCGCUACGAGCCUCUACUGGAGAGCGACUGCUUUUAUGUAGGAGAGGUCACCAACGUCAGGGACACAUCCGUCGCUCUCAGCAACUGUGAUGGCCUGGCAGGAAUGAUCCGCAUGGGGCGGGAGGAGUUCUUCAUCGAACCCCUGGAGCACCGAGGGGGUGGGGCGGGGGAGGAGGAAGGAGGAGAUGGACGACAUCACAUCGUUUAUCGCUCCUCUGCCAUUAAGAGACCCCAUGUCAAUCAAACAGUGGACUCUUACCCCCAAGGUAAAAGGAACUUCAGUUACACCUCUACAGAACCUGCAUGCCUUUUCUGACUGUCAGGAGACAUGAUGACAUUCCUUCAUAGGUCGUCAUCAUCUGUAACUUUAGAGUGCGGAAUGCUGCUAAGCCUUAUGUGGGUUUCUUCUAGACAUUCCAUUUGUGUCUCUGUUGAAAUAUCUGUUGAACUGGCACUGAACUCUGCUUUAUUGUACAGAGAGAAAACAAACGUAUCCCUCUCCAAGCCCUUCUAGUUCUCCUUGUCUAGCCUGAUGAACAAAAUGAAAGCUAUUCAGAGAAAGCAUCUAAUUUAACAUUCAGUUUUUUUUUUCUGAUUUUAAGUAUUGCCUGAUUCUAUAAUGUAAUCUUUAGUUCAUUCUGUACAUAACCUGUCAUGACAUGUGAUACGCUCGUAAAUACACUCUCUGGCAUGUCUCUACAGAGCAAAUCAGACUGGAGGAUAGUUUGACACCCUUGUAGGACAAAGCAAAGGCUGCUAAACUCGAAUUAACCAAAUGUUCAACUUUUUCUUUCUCAAAUGGAUAUCUACAGUAUGCAGUCAUUGGACUUAUAAUAAAGGAUUCUCACUGGUGGGAAAGUA